AUGCACAAACUGCAUCAUGGCGCACUUCGACCCCGGCCAUUUCGCAGCAUGUUGCGCAUGACCACAGCCAGCUCUCACACGGCUGCCGUGCCUCCUCGCCAUCGCCAUCGUUUGGAUAUAGUCGGCAUGGCCAAGCCAUGGCGACCCACCAUCGACGAUGUGGACAGCAUCUCCCGUGGCGGACCCGCCAAAGUGCGCGGAACCGGCAGCAGGCGCAUCCCCCACCGCCUUAACGCUGAGGAGCGCACGUUGUACGACUUGGCAAAGAAGAAGGGCUUUCUUGCCGUACGAGGCACAGCGUACCGCAAAUUCCGCCAUGGUAACCCGCUGCCCAACAUUUACAGACAGUGGUGUGACGCGCGGGCACAAGCGUGUGUCGUUGUGGAGCAGGACCAGGGGGGCCUCCGUGGAACCGACUAUGUGGUGGCUGAGCGUGCUUUGCUGGGGUUAGCUGCAGAGGCCGGUCUGAGGCAAGUGAGCUAUCAGGAACGUCCCGCGGAUGCGCUGCCCUUCAACAUUUUGCCACCUUUGGACGGUCUAUCAGUGAAUGACACAGAGUUGGACGGAAAAAACGGCGUCAAGAUGGAGGAGGAGGAGGAGGAGGAGGACGACAAGGGGUUGUUUGAAGGGGACGUGGCGGCUCGGGGCCUCACGAACCAAGAUCUCGCCGUACAGGACCAGGUUCGAGUGUUGCUUCAGUUGAAGAUGGACCUCGCCCACGCCGAGGCGGCGGCCCAGACUGCCGUACUGCCGCCGCGAGAGCCGUUAGGUGGUUUGGCUCCAACGGCGUCGCCAUCGGGGGAUUCGCAACCACCACUGGCGCCAAACUUGGCAGUAGGAGACCUUCGAGACGGCGGCGGCGACGCCGUUACGGCUAUCCAGGGAGAAGAAGGACGACUUUUGGAGUCGGGGCACACCGCCUCAGCCGUCACUGCCGCCGCGGCGGCGGCGGCGGCGGCGGCAGCGCCGCGACGGUCGCCCCUAGAGGAUUACUACCGUCUACCCAUAUGGCAAAUCCACGCCGUUCCGCUGUUCUUUGAGGGCACUCGAUCUGCUGCCAAACAGUUCGCCAGCAAAGCCGUACAGCGGGUGGCGGAGGCGGCUCCGGCAAGGAAAACGGUCGCCGAGGACGUCGCCCCGGGCGGCAUCGCGGCGGUGGCGGCGGAGCUGACGAUGAAGGAUUCGGAAACGGCGGCGGCGGCGGCGGCGCGGUGGCACUAG